AUGAAGGCUGGCUUCAGUUACCAUCAAAUAUGCAUACUACCCUUUGUGCUAAUCGCAAUAAUUCUCGACUAUCCAGAAUCUCAAGCAGUUCCCAUUGUUGGCGGGCGUUUUGUUAACACCGAGGAUGGUCACACCAAAUAUCCAUUUAUGGUAUCAUUGCAGGAUUUCGCGAGUGAAUAUGUAAAUAACAACACAAAAAAAUAUUCUUUUCAACACUUUUGCGGCGGAUGUUUGAUUAGUAAUCGCUGGAUUCUGACUGCUGCUCAUUGUGUUUGGCGAAAAAAGAUUGAAAAAAUUGUAGCCUUCAUUGGAUAUGAGAACAUUGAGAACGUGGAAAGCCUUGAGCGAUAUCAUGUGGAAAGUGCCAAAUUUAUUUACUUUCAACCUUCCAACUAUCGCAACGAUAUUGCACUGCUCUAUUUAAGUCGUCCUUUCAAGAGCCAACUUGCCAAGGAUCUGCAAUUUGCUCAACUGCCGCCGCCAGGCAUGAAACCCAAGAUUAAUGCAACUUGUCGGAUUAUUGGAUAUGGAGCCAACAAACACGCCGGACCUUCCCAAAAGCGACUCUCGGAAGCAGAGUUAAGUAUAAUUGACAAUAAACAGUGUCAGGAUAUAAUUGGACAUAUUUGGGCGCCCAAGAACGGGGAUAAUACGGUCUGUGCCCUGGGCAACAACACCCAGGACUCGUGUCAGGGUGACUCUGGUGGUCCAUUGAUGUGCCACUAUGGCCUGAAAGAUCAGCUACAUAUCUGCGGAUUAGUAUCUCAUGGGUUGACCUGUGGCAUGAAAGGUAUGCCCAGCAUUUAUACAGUAACUAAACCCUACGACGACUGGAUCCAGCUACAUCUGCAAAAGUCCUAACAGGUUUUCUCU